AUGGCUGUAGGCCGAUUAGAAAAUAAAGUGGCUGUUAUAACCGGCGGCGCAAGCGGCAUCGGCAAAGCCUGUGCUUUGCGUUUUGCCGAAGAAGGUGCGGAAAUUGUCAUCAGCGACAUCGGCGCCACCCGCUUAGAAGAAGCUGCCCAGGAAAUACGUAACACCACCAACGGGCGCGUCACCUGGGUGGAGGCGGAUGUCUGUUUUGCAGAGCAAAUUGAAGAUCUGAUGCAGCAGGCCAUCGACGAGUUUGGUCACAUCGAUGUGGUUGUGGCAGCCGCCGGUGUUUCCGGCGCCAACUACAUCAGCGGCGGCGACAAUGAAUCGCUCGACCAUAUGAUGAUCGAACAGCCGCUGGAGCACUGGAACCGCGUUCUACAGAUUAAUCUGACUGGCGUCAUGCUGACCAACAAAUACGCCGCUCGACAUAUGAUCGCCAAAGGUAAUCCGGGCAGUAUUGUGAAUAUUGCAUCCAGCGCCGCACGCGUGGCUUUGCCUGGCGCUGUUGACUACUGUGUAUCCAAAGCCGGCGUCGCCAUGUUGACCAACGCGUUUGCCAUGGAGAUGCUGGAACACAACAUACGCGUCAAUGCGAUUGGCCCAGGCUUUAUUGAAACACCGAUGACCCAGGGUAUGCAGGCAGAUCCAGAAGGUGCUCAAAUGAUGAUCGGCAUGACCCCGAUGGGGCGUCUCGGUACACCACUGGAAAUGGCCAAUUGCGCCCUGUACCUGGCCUGUGAUGAAUCCAGCUACACCACCGGCAGCACGUUGUACCCGAACGGCGCCAUUGGCGCUGCGCUUGCGCAAAGCGCAUCAAAACCGGAAUAUCUGCGGGCCUUUGCCGUGUUUGGUGGCCUGGCGGGUAUGGCGCCAGACCUGGAUGUAUUCAUCAAUUCCAGCACUGAUCCGCUGCUGUUUCUCGAAUACCACCGUCAUUUUACUCACGCCCUGAUCUUUAUCCCCAUUGGCGCACUGAUUGUUGCAGGCGUUCUCUUCAAGCUCUGGCGCCACCCGCUCACAUUCAGGCAAGCCUACAUUGCAGCUUUUCUGGGUUACGCCACACAUGCUUUGUUAGAUUCCUGUACCACUUACGGCACACAGUUAUUGUGGCCCUUCAGUGAUAUGCGGGUUGCGUGGAAUAACGUAUCAGUGGUCGAUCCACUAUUCACUCUACCACUACUGAUCUGCGUGGUUGUUUCGCUGCGCAAGCGGCGACCACAGAUAGCCACCGUUGGCAUGGUCUGGGCUUUGGCGUAUUUAUCAUUCGGCGUCUGGCAACAUGAGCGGGCGCGCGAUGUAGCCUAUGAAAUGGCAUUGGCUAAAGGUCAUGUGCCCGGCCGAUUGGAAGUGAAGCCCGGCUUUGCCAAUCUCAUUUUGUGGAAGUCAGUGUACGAGUUCGAAGGCAGGUACUAUGUCGAUGCGGUACGUGUGACGACUAAAAGACAGUGGUGCGAAGGCAGCUUUAUCGACAAACUCAAUGUCGGAUAUCACUACCCCGAGCUUGCCCCGACCAGUCAACAGGCCAGAGACAUAGAAAGGUUCAGGUGGUUUUCAAAUGAUUAUCUGGCACCCUAUGAACCGCACGGGUUCAUCAUCGACAUCCGUUACGCCGCAGUACCCAACGAUAUUAAUCCGUUAUGGGGCAUCACCAUAAAUGAGGGCGCUGACGACAAACAACACGCACAGUUUGUGCCUAACCGACGCGUCGGGCCUGAACAGACUCAGGCCUUGUUGCAGCUGUUGCGCGGCGUCGGUUGCAGUGACGUAGCGGAGCAGAUCUAA